GGUCUUAACCUGCCGUGACUUCGCUUUGCAAGUGCCAUUACAAGAGUGCGAGACUUGACAUACUAUGUGCGCAUUUUGCAGCCGGCGGGAUGCGUUACAGUAGCUUGGAUGUGCCGCUUUGGCCUUUGCAAUGCACGAAAUGCACUCGAAAUUUGCGGUCGCCAGGAACCUGCAGGCAGCGUGCGCGGUCGCAAGGUCCUUCUUGGGUCCAGGCAAGGCCCUAAAAUGCAUUAUCGACGAGUCUUCCGAGUCGCGCAACAUCCUGGCCGGCACCAUCCAGGCCUACCUGCUGGCCGCGGACGGCGACCCCACAGCCAGCACGCUCCUGCUUGAGGCGCUCGAGUCCCAGACCGGAGGCCCCGGCGCGACCGCCGCCUCCGCGCCCGGCAGCGGGGCCACGUGGCUGGCGGCCGUGUGCGGGCUGCUGCUGGGGGGCCUGCUGGAGGCGGUGGAGGGGCAGGGCGUGCCGUACGAGGCGGCCCGGCAGGGGCUGCUGGCGGCAACGGCCGAGUGCUGUCAGGUUAUUCGCAGCUGCGCCGUGGAGAUCCCAUUGCUGGUGGGGGAGCUCUGGGCAGAGGGAGGAGCAGGGCUCGGGGCAGAGGGAGGCGCAGGAGAAGCGGGAGCAGGAGGCGGGCAGGACCAGGGGGUGGGGGCAGCAACCCAUGAAGCAGGCGGCGGCAGCGGCAGUGCGCAGGUGCGGCAAGGCGCGGGCGGUGUUGGAGCGCCCUACCUGGCGGCUGUGGCCGCGCGCAUUCACCCGCCGGCCUCAUGGGCACAGCGGCGCAGUAGCCUGGCGCGGGAGCUGCAGCAGCACCUGCCGCCGCCACUGCAGCAGCAGCAGCAGCUGCUGCUGCAGCAGCAGCUGCUGCGGGAGCAGCUGCAGGAGCAGGCUCAACGUGCUGCUGUGCCCGCAUGGGGCGUGCAAGCCCGUACCGCAGCCGGCGGCACGGCCUGGCAUGGUGGCGGCGGGCUGCCACCGCAGCUGCUGGGCACACCCAGCCCCAGCACGGACCCAGCACCCACACCAGCCGGCGCUGGUCGACCUGCGCUCGCUCCUCCGGGCGCUCCGCCGGGCACCUGCCCCAGCCCCAGUGGCAGGCAGCUGCCGCGCCGGCCGACGCAAUGCCCUGCGCACCUGCAGGGGGCGCCGCAGGACACACAGCCGCCGGCGACACAGCAGCCGUCACGGGCAUGGCUACAACCUAGCGGGGCCCGCCCCCAGGCGGCGCCGGCUGUAGCAGCCACCCUUCGCAGCCGUGCCGGGCGGGCGCCGGUGCCGCAAGGCGGCCCAGUGUCGCACCCACACCAGGAGGCUGUGUGCGGGCAAGUGAAGGAGGAGGAGGAGCAACUGGAUGAUGGGCAAGAGGAUGACGAGUUUGGCUGGUUUGACAGCUUUAUGGGCGCGGCUGCGAAUGAGGCAGCUGGCUGUGCGGGGGGCGCUGCAGCGGAGCAGCAGGCACCAAUGGAUGCGGGGGAGGUCCCGCUGCAGCACCAGGGGCACGGGCAGGGGCAGGGGCAGCAGGCCGUGUUUGGGUCAUUGCUCGCAGAGUCAGGCAGCAGCAGUAGCAGUGACAGCAGCAGUAGCAGUGAGGGCGGCACGGAUGGCGGUCGCGGCAGCACACGGUGCCGCUGUGACCCAGACCCCGCGCUGGCGGCGCUGCUGCAGCUCGCGCGGGCGGGCCGCGGCGACACGCCCACUGCCGCCGCCGCCACCACUACCGCCCCUCCGGACACAGCGCUUGCGCACCAAAAUGGGCGGCGCGGCACAGUAGCCCACCAGAACGCAGCCGCCGCCACCGCAUACGCCGCUACCACAUUCGACGACGACGACGGCAUUGACACCGAGAACGGGGACGUUGUGAACGAGGGUGAGGACGGUGAUGAGGAGGCGCGGCUGCAGGCGCUGGAGGAGGAGGUAUCCUGGUUCUUUGGCGCCCGGGAGCUGGACGCGGCGCGGGCGGCACGAGCAGAGCGGCGGUCGCUGGCGGCGCUGCGGCGCGGAGGCCUCGGGCCCCUGGGCUCCGCCGCAGGCGCGGCCGCGGCGGCGGCAGGGCGGGGGACCGGGCUAGGUGCCAGGCCGCCGGGGGGCGGGCGUGACGUGCGGGGCAGGGCGGGCAACGACCAGGACGUCCCGGCGUUUGUUGCCGCCGGCUUUGGCGGCCCGGUGCUGGCGGAUGGCGGCGCAGUGACGACGGCGGCGGCGGCGGUAGUGGCGGCGGCGGCGGCGGCCGCGCACCGGCCACAGCGGCAGCUGCUGCUGCCGCGGUCCGGCCCUGAGCGGCAGUCGCUGCGCCAGUCGCGGCCAGACCCCGACUUUGGUGAUGAUGGUCCGGAUGACGAGUUCGACGUCUGGCCUGCACAGCCCCCCGCUAGGUCGCAUCAGGCCGGGCGGCAGCCUGCGGCCGCUCAGAGCUCGCCUGCCAUGUCGGCAGCACCAGCCGGACCGGCUGAGAGAGGCCCCGCGCCUCCUGCUUCCGACGGAACCACAGCGGCCGCCGCCGGCUCCGCAUGGCUGGCUCCGUCUCCGUCGCCGGCCUUAUGUGGCCGCGCUGCAGUUCCACAUGCGCUACAUGGCAUCAUGGAGGAAGCGCGGCUUCAGGUGGAUACGGAGGCGGCGGCGGAGGUAGAGGUAGAUGGGGAGAUGGCGGCACAGGCGGAGGCGCUGGCGGCGCAGCUGGUCUGCACCGCAGCCGCCGGCCUGGCACACGGGCGACCGCGCGAGAUGCAGCUGGCCGCCGCUGCCGUGCUGGUGCUGCUGCAGCCGCUCCUGCGCCACCGCUGCCACCACCACUACCACCACCAGCAGCAACAGCAACAGCUGCAGGGAAAGCGCCAGCCGCCCUCGCUCGCGCAGGUGGCUGGCUGGGUACAGGCCGCCGCCGCCGACCUGAGCUUUGAGCGCUGCGUGUUGCCGCUGGAGCUGGCGGGCAGGUGGGGCGCGGCCACAGGCGCCGCGCUGAACGCCACAGCCCCGAGGGCGGCGGGGCUUGAGGCGGGCGAUUGGGAUGACGGGAUGGGGUACGGCAGCGGUGCCGACGGGGUGGCGGUGCGUGGCGUGUGUGUGCCGCUGGCUUCACUUAGUGAGGCCCAGGCAGCGCUGGCAGUCAGCUUCCUGGACGGCCUGGCGCGUGCAGCAACAGCAGCACCAGCUGUAGCAGCAGCAGCAGCAGCAGCCUCGGCGGCGGCGCAGGGAAGCAGCGGCGGUGCUGGCGGCGGCGGUGGCGGAAGUGGUGGCAGCUGUGGCUGUGGCAGUAGUGGCAGUGGCGGGGCCGGCGGUGCGCUGCUGACGGCGGUGUUCUUCCUGGGCUCGCUGCAGCCCGAGCCGCCGCCCGCCGCCGCCACAGGGCCGCACACCACCACCACCACCACCACCAUACUGCCCACCACCACCACCACCAUACUGCCCGCCACCACCACCACCGUACUGCCCACCACCACCACCACCAUACUGCCCACCACCACAGCCGCCACCGGCGCCGCAUCAACAUCCGCAACAGCAGCUGCAACAACACCCGCUGCUUCAAGCCGCCAGCCGGCCCUCUGGCCGGAACAUGAGACCGGCGACUGCAGUAGCACUGGUGGCAGCAGUAGCAGCUUCUGCCGCUUCCGGGACGCGGAGCAGGACCCUGACCCCGAGGUGGCCUUCGCGGCCCGGCUGCUGCUGCGGCUGCAGCCCCUAGGCGUGCAGCUGCUGCUGGCUUCCGGCCACGUGCCCGACCGUGUGUCUUCGGCCGUGCAGCAGCUCAGCGGCGGGCGAGUGCUGGUGCUGGGCGGCGCGGGCGUGCGCGCCGUGCGCGCCGCGGCCGCCUGCGCUGCCGCGGCCGCCCGCGCUACGGCCGCCGCUACUGCUGCCGUAACACCCCUCCCUGCGGGCUCAGCAACAGCAGCAGUAGCACCAGCAGCAGUAGCACCAGCAGCACCAGCAGUGAGCAGGCUGAGUGGGGUGCCUGCCUCCAGUCUGCAGCUGCUGGCGCGAGGGCGCAAUGCGGUGCCGGGGGUGCGGGCGGCGCUGCUGGAGGGCGGCCUGGGGCUGGGGGACUACAGGGCGGCGGCGGGGCGGGGCCCGGCGGCGGCGGCUGCGCGUGGCGGCGGCGGCAGCGUGGGGCAUAUGGCGCCGGGCCUGCUGCUACAGCUUGUGAUGGAGGGAGUGGGGCCGGCUGCCGCCGCACCGCUCCGAGGAAGUGCGCGUGGACCCGGGGCGGCAGCGGUUGUGGCUGCGCCGCCGCCGCCGCCGCCCGGUCCCGGCUGGGUGACUGUGCUGCUGGCGCACCCACUGCCCAUGCAGCUGGAGGCCUCGGCGGCGGCAUUCAGGGUGUGCUUCUGCAGGCUGGUGGCGGCGCUGCGCUGCGGCCGGGUGCUGCCCGGCGGCGGCGCCUGGGAGGUGGCGGCGGCAGAGCAGCUGGAGCUGAGGGCGCGGGCCCUGGAGCGCGACAUUGCGGCAGCGCAGGAGCGGCAGGAGCGACAGCAGGAGCGGCCGGCGCGGCGGCAGGAAUGGCAGCAGCGCCGGCAGGAGCGGCAGCAGCGUCGGUGGCAAGGUAUGGGCACUGCGCAGGCGCGGGAGCUGCAGUUGGGGACAAGGGCCGGGGGCAAGGUAGGAGAGGCUCCGGCGCACCCAGAGCAGCAGUACGGCGUGCAGGAGAAGGAGGAGCAGGAGGGGGAGGCAGAGGUGGAGGAGGAGGACAAGGAGGAGGAAGAGGAGGAGGCGGUGGGGCUGUACCGGCCGCUGUGCUACCGGCUCCUGGCGGCCGUGCUCCGCGACGCUGUGGGAUGCCUGCUGCAGAACAGUGGCAGCGGAGGCGGCGGUGCAGGAGGAGGCGGCGGAGGUGGCGGCACAGGCCCCGGCGCCGCCACAGCGCUGGUGACGGCCUGCGGUCGGGCGGUGAGCUGCGGCGACCUGGGCGCAUUGCGGCGGCUGGCGGUGGCGGCUGAGCCGGAGGCAACGCCUGGCGGCGGCGGUUGCGAAGCGGGGAGAGAUGCCAGGGGAGGCUGGGGCUUGGGGCUGGAAGGAGGGGACGGCGGCGGCGAGUGGCGCCAGCUGCCGGCUUCGCUGCUCAAGUUGAUGACGCUGUGGGCAGGUGGCUCAGGCGGCGUGGGGAACGCGGACGGCGGGAGUGGCGGGAGUGGCGGGAUUGAGGGGCCCCGAGGUGGCAGCGGCGGCAGUGCCGGGUGUUGCGCGGCGCUGCCGCCAGCGGUGUGGGAUGAGUUGGCGUCUCGGGAGGUGGGACUGAAAAGUGCGUGCCGGCUGGCGCUGCUGGCGAGCUGCGUAGAUGCUGUAAUAGUGAACCGGUAAGGUGGGAAUCUUUAUCAUAGUUAUUGGGUUUUUGGGUUGAGCCCCCCGAGCGAAGCGAUCCGGGGGGGGCGAAGCCCCCCAGGAUUGCCCCUGUCGCCGUAGCUCUGACGCUCUGUCGUAGACUGUGGAGGGGCUCAGCCCCUUUUCCCGUGACCGGGGAACACUUGUCAUAAGGCGCUGUGGCUGCUGGGGCGGCCUCGGGCCGCAGGGCAGGGAGAGUAAGCGGGCCAGGUAGCUCGAGGCCGCUGGGAGGGGGAUGAGGCAUCGGCAACGGAUCCGGGACCAACCAAGGCACCGAACACGCGUGGGAAGUGGAGUGAUGGACCUAGCGCUUUAACGAAGUGCUUGCGAGUGAAUGCGAAUGCAAGACGCCGUCGCGAGCUCCAGGCUAGCAAUAAACAUCACGAAAGAAGUUAGUGUCAGCGGCAAUGCGGUUACUUCUUACCUUCGAGACGAGCGCUUACAGGGAUGGCAGCACGUUGGUUGCGCGGGGAGCUGGGGAGUAGUCGCGGCGUGGGUACGUGCGGACGUGCCACCGCGACACGGUGAUGCAUGGUUUCACCCAGGAGCAUGUGGCAUGUAAAAAAAUGACGAG